AUGGACGAUUUGCUGUGUCAUGAGACGUGGCUUUCGAGUUCUUCCCAUGACUUGCAUGAUGAUUCUUCUAUUGUUGAACCCAAACCCUUGUUCAGGUGUAGCAGUUGUGAUGAGUAUGAGAAUGAAGAAUUUGAGUUGGCUUUUUCUGUUUGUAUCGACAAGGAGAUCGCUUACAUGCCUGAACCCAAUUAUGUCAGCUACCUCUAUUUCAAUCACUUGAUUCCUGCUAGGGUUAGAGUAAUUCAAUGGUUUCUCAAGUGUAGAAGCCGCCUUAAUCUUUCUUUUGGAACAGUCUUCUAUGCUGCCAAUUACCUAGAUCGAUUUAUAUCUAUUUGUCAAUGCGAUGAAUGGAAAUAUUGGAUGGUUGAAUUGCUGUCUAUUACGUGUUUAUCCACGGCGAUAAAGUUCCAUGAGAUAUCUGCAUUUACGUUGCAUGAAAUUCAGGUGGAGGGCUUGUAUCAUUCGUAUGAAUCGGACUCAAUCCUGAGGAUGGAGCUGAUACUGUUAAAAGCACUAGGCUGGCGCCUUAACACUGUGACACCUUAUUCUAUCGUAGAAACGGUAGUCUGCUAUGUUCAGUCGUCCUUGAGACCUUAUCUUCAUGAGAAGAUUAUGUCACGAGUCACUGAACUUCUUCUUCAAGCUACUUUAGAUCUGAGAAUGUUGGAGUUUAGGCAAAGCGUUGUUGGAAUAUGUGCACUAUGGUGCAGUAUAGACCAGUUAUAUCCAUCGGUUUCUGAUGCUUUCAUCACUUACAUAGCCAAGUUAUUCAAUCAAAGUCAGAAGGAUGAUCUCAUUGACUGUCAUAAGAUAAUGGAGAUUUCAACGGCUUUGGAGGGAAGUGGUCAUCAUUAUAUAAAAGCCCAACCAGUGUAG